AUGCUGCAAGAGCUGCAUGAUGUCACUGCUCGGUUUGAACUGCAACCGGCGCUUCUUAAGCUUCAGACCGUGCUGGCAGCAUGCCCCGCUUCACCCACCGCGCUGACAAUCGCGCCCGAGACGCCGCCCGCCAACCUUGGUGCAGCCCUGGACAAAGUCGCCAUACUACGCGACGUGGGACCUGAGCGCCAAGAAUUGCUCGCCAGCGCAAACAGCAACCUCCAGCAGCUGGUGCUGGCGCUGAUCGACGCUUUGGACGCCGUGGCAAAAGCGGGAACCUCCGACACCAUCCAUCGCGUGGAAACACUGCGACAAUGCGCACAAUGCUUGGAUGUGGAUGCAUCGCCUGCACCUGAGGCCUUGCCCGAGGCUUGGGAACAGCUGCGCCAAGCCCACGAAAAGCUGAGCCGGCCUGAACAGAAUGGCCUGGAGGAGCUCAUGACCUGGAGUGUGGAGCAUGACUAUAAGCAUCAUGAUUAUUACCUAGCGUUUGCUCUUCACGAGGCGCAAGCUUUGACGCAGCAGUUGCAAGACAUGAUUGACUGGCAGGCCACGACGCGGUCUGUACUGACGACGUGCAUGAGGCAUGUGGAGAGUUUAGCGCAAGGGGUUGAUGAUGAAUCGGUUUCUGUCCAUGAGCAACUGACAAAACUGGAGACUGAGAUUCAAGGUAUCAACGCAGCAAUGCAGCUCGUGCCCGAAGCUGUUCGCGCUACACUCCAGCAAGAACUUGUCAACCUGAAAGAGCGACACGUCACCUUGCAACAGCAAUCAUCAGAUCAAACGCAGGUAGACCAUACUGCAGAGCUCGCACAGCUGCUGCACCAGCAUUUCCCGGCCCUACUAGUCUUUUUGCACCCUGAGCAGAGUGCGCUUGGAGCGCGCCUGCGCACCGUGCUCGGCCCCGACGUUCCGACCAGCCUCAUCUUGGAAGCCAUGACCGAGGUAGACCGCACAUUGUCGCUCUCCAGUCUGGGUCAGCUUGAUCUUCAUUACAAUCAAAACCACAAGGUGUACAAGGCCCAUGCCGCGCUACCAGAUUGCCCUGAGCAAGAUUUGGCCGUCAAGGAGUACGCUUUUGCUCGGCAACACAAACAAGAUCAGUGUCGGACAUUCCUGCGCGAGCUUCGCGCCAUGCGCCAGCUUGAGCAUCCACACAUCAUUCCUGUCCUUGGCGCGCUUGUGGAUGUGCACAGUGGCCACCCCAGUGGAUAUUUGGUGCAGCCGUGGUGUGCGCAAGGGGAUCUACAGCAGUGGCUGAGCAAGGCACGGCAGCUGGCCACCUCGACCGUGAUUGCGGGACUCAUGACUCAGCUGCGUACGGCCCUGGCGUUUAUGCAUAGCAAGGGCCUGGUGCACCGAGAUGUCAAGCUGAGCAACGUGAUGCUGGACGGCGAGGAGGACCAGCCUGUUGUGCGGCUGGGCGAUUUUGACAUUGUCAAGGCCGCCGCUGAAGCUACAAUGUUGCCUUGCACGGCCACCGCGUCGUCAGGCACGACUGGCUACAUUGCACCGGAGGUGCUUUUUGGCCAGGGUCGUGUGGGGGCGCGUCCAGCACAGGAUGCCUUUUCCUUUGGCUGUGUUGUCUACAACACCUACAUGUACCCAAAAACGGUGCCGGUCGCUCAGUCGCGAACCGAUGAGGUCGUGGCUCAUUGCAGAUGGAAUUUCCAAGCGGGAGAUGAUGCCUUCAGCUUUCCUCAUCUGGCGGCCGAGAUGUGUGACGCGGCAAGCGAUCUGUACAAGGAAACGCGAGCCUUGCUUGCAACAGAUCCGAAGCAACGGCCAAGCCUAUUGAGUGCUGGGCAAAUUGCGCAGCCACCUGUCGCUGGUCAUGUCGGGCCAGCCAUUGACGUUUUGCGCGACGCACCCGAGCUUAUCCCGGAGGUUGCCGAGCUGUUGGAACAGCUGAGCAUUGAUGGGCAAGGGCCAGCUAACAUCCAGGUGCAGCGGGUGGAGCGGGUACAGAACUUCGUGCUGUGGGAACGCUACAGCGCCAAGCGUCGGGAGAUGUUGCACCGCAUCACAAACCAGGAGCACUACACUCGGCUUCAAACGGCCACAGGAGAUGCGCCCUCGGGCUCUCCAGCUCUUCUUCGCGAUACAUCCUGUCAAGAGCGCCUGCUACUCCAUGGCAUCGCCCCGGACAGAUCUCUGCGUGACAAGAUUGCGCGCCUGGGCCUCGACCUGCGCUUUGCCGGCAGCAACGCCGGCCACCGAUUUGGUCUUGGUGUUUACCUGGCGGACCAUCCCGGCAAGAGUCAUCAAUACACCGAUGCUGGACCCGACGGCGAACGGAUGCUCGUCAUCACGCGGGCACUGCUGGGUCGUGCCUUUGUUCAUCACUCACCCUCUUGCGCAGCGCUGGCCCCUCCGCUCCUGCCCGAUGCACCCAACAACGAGCGAUAUGACUCUGUCAUUGCGACGCCUUUUGGGGAAUUUCACGAGGUCCUGAUCUUUGACAAUACGCAAAUUUAUCCCGAACUAGUGGUAUACUACACGGCUGAUUAG